UAAUUAUUAUAUAUAUAUAUAUAUACGUGUAAACCUACCUAAUUUGACUGACUUAUUAUUCUGAUGUGUGAGGAUUACUAAAAUGAUUUACCUGUUGGCGAUUACAUUCCUCUUGUUGAUACAUUCCCUAGAGGCUACCCAAUUAAACAUCACUAAAAUUGAACUACCCAGACUAAAUUUACCUUAUUUUGAAGUUAAUGCAAUUGUUGGGUAUUGGCUAAGCUUAGCUCUGAAAGUACUGAAUUUGGGAUGUGUAAUCGGUAAAAUUUGGGACCUCACCAGUGGAAACAUGUUUGUGGGAAUUAAAUAACAGUAAUAAGAGGCGCAGUUAUCUCAUUAAUUAUAUAAUCCAUGUACUGGAUAGAAUGAGAGAAUGUUGAAAAAUGCUGAAUUAUCUUCAAUAAACUGAUACACUUUGUUCUUAUAUUACACAGUGAAACAGACGCUUUAUAUAGAUUUUUCUAUAAUUUUUUUCGUGAAAACAUACUUCGAAGUGUAAAUUUUCUUUAAAAAACUUACUUCCGCAAAACCACUUACCAGAAAAUUCAAAUGUAAUCUGAAUUUUUUGUAACUUUAUUUCGACCUUUUUGAUCUAUUUAAUUUUAUAGAAAUACCCAAGACGUUAAUCUAUACGCCUGUGACAAAUUGGUAUACUAGAAUAAGGUACUAGAUUAUACAUAAAAUACAAUAAUAAUACAAACC